AAUGAAACACUAUGAGAAAGAAAGGCAUUAUGUUUGGAUUAGAAGAGCAACCCAUUGUUCUGGUUUAAAGCUCUUUGCUGAAGAACAUCAACAGAUGUCACUUAUGUUCUCAGAGAGGAAUAUAAAACAUUUGGAAACCUCUUACAGGUAUGCACAUCUUACAAAAUGGGACAAUACCAUACUUGUAACAUGAAAGGAAUUGAAGUGGCAGAAUUACAGGAUUUGUACAAGAAGUUUGUUGUCGAAUGUCCCAGUGGUGGUCUCUAUCUGCAUGAAUUCAAGCAGUUUUUUGGCAUCACCAGCCAGAGUGAGGCAUCUGAAUAUGCUGAAAGUGCAUUUAAAUCCUUUGACAGAAAUGGGGAUAAUAAGAUAGACUUUUUGGAAUAUGUAGCAGUUUUAAACCUAGUGCUAAGAGGCAAACUUGAGCACAAACUGAAAUGGUUAUUUAAAGUGUAUGAUACAGAUGGAAAUGGCUUUCUUGACAAGCAUGAACUACAGAAAAUGCUGAAGAGUGUCUAUAAUGUCAAACAAGGAUGGACAAGAAACACAGAUACUCGGUUGUCAUCCCCAGAAGAAGUAUGUGACAAGAUAUUUCUGCUAAUGGAUGAAAACAAUGAUGGAAAGCUUUCCCUGAAAGAGUUUAUUGAUGGAGUGCAGAGAGAUGAUUGGAUAAGGAAGAUGCUAAGUGUAGAAAUAAAUCCAACAAAAUGGAUCCUUGAGCAUCGGGAUAACAGGCAGAAGUAAAGGACAAACAAGAGUAAAUGCAAUAAGCAAACUAUACUAGUUGUGAAAUUCUACAUCAAGUUCCUUCCUUCUUGCUUUUUCUAUUAUACAAAGUGAUCCUUCCUCUACUUCUCCUAUGGCCUGGACAUAGAAGAUGAGAAAUAGCUGCAAACUGGCUGAGAUGCUUUAUCUGGACUGCACGUAUUUGCUUGGGGGUUUAUAACUUGUGUGCACAAACAGUUUUAUGAAUGUUGCUGGAGAGCUGGUUCAGGAUUUCGAGGAACCAAUAUUGUUUUGGGUAUAGCACCUCAUGCUCAUGUGCUUGUUUCGAUACUGUAAUGUCUAUUCAGCUCAAACAUUUGCAAAUAAACAGAUUUUU